AUGUCAGAGCUACUUAAUCAGAAAUCUUCAAUCAAAGGAAAAGUUCCUUCUGGGUAUCUUAAUGCUAUUUUCGGUUUGAGCGGAGACUGGUUUCGUGACACUGCAGACUCCAGGUACCUAGCGUUUGACGGUUACUUCAUCUCACUGUACUAUUUGCACUUGACAGCAUCUCCAUUAACACUGAAAGAUGAAGUAAAGAAGUCUGUUCCUCCUCGGUGGGAUCCUGCAUCCUUGUCUAGCAAUUCUGGGACAUCACAAAAUGGUAAGGUGGUCAAUCUCUUUGGGACGGAGGGAGUGUCUUUUUCUCGUAGGUUUAUUCGUACAUAUGGCACACAUAUAAUAAUAGGGAUGGCUGUUGGAGGUCAAGAUUUAAUCUGUGUUCCACAAAAACCUUCCUCGCCUAUUCCCCCUGCUGAGUGCAAGGACGGCCUCACCAUCAUUUGUACAAAAAGAGGAGGAGAUGUGUUCACUAACAGUCUUUCCAAUUGGCUCCAGACAGUGACUGCUAGACCUGAAGCGAUUCUUUUCAGAUUUGCACCGAUCACAUCUCUUCUUACUGGGAUUCCUGGAAGUGGUUAUCUUAGUCAUGCAGUCAACUUGUAUCGGCGUUGUAAGUGCUCCUAUGACUAA